AUGGUGUACCAAAUUAGACCCUUGCAUAUAUCAAGUGAGGCGCCAGAAGUUGUUCCCGAGGAACAAUCUCCAUACCUAUUAACCUCGCCCGAUAAAUAUUUCGUUCGUUCAUACUCCGUGAGAAGAGCAUCAAAUCAUCUAAUAUCACCACUAAGUAAACAAUGUGAUAAUAUUCCACUCCAAGAAGUCUCAUUUCCACCACCAAAAAGAGCAUACGAUCUUGCGCGUUAUUUACCUCCACCAAAACAAAAGAAAAAAUUCGGGCUGGUACCAAUUGUUUUCAUAGCUGUGGUGUCUUUCCUAAUCGGAGGAGGUAUUGGCGGUGGUAUUGGAGGUUGGGUUGGGAAGCAUAACAAUCCCUCGAGCAAGACCUCCAAGUGCGAAUCAACGGGAACACUUUCAGGAUGUGCCCCAACAGUCACGGAAUUUGUAGACUCGGCUGGAUGCCCCAACGUCAACAAUACUACCUAUACAACACCUGUACCUAGUAUAGAGUUUCGUAUAGCUUGUGCUAUCGAUUUAACUUCUUCACCAGGAGAAGAUAUCGAAUUAAACAACGUCACAACCCCGACUCUGAAUAAUUGUUUGCAAUCGUGCGCACAAUAUAAUAAUGGACAAUGCUUGGCAGCUACUUGGAUACAAUUUUCUCCAAAUCACCCAGAGAUGAACUCGAAGUGUUUCUUCAAAGCGAAUUCAGGAGUUCGUAUACCCAUGAACUCUACGGGCACGAUAGCCACGAGUGGGUUCCGGAUUUCCUGACACGAGCUCGAUACAGAAUACCAAUUCUUGAAAUGCCAAAUAUAUUUUAACUUGAUGCCUCGAGGUACUGGAACAGCGUGGUUCGCUCACUUGAUAUCAAUGGUUUUUGCAUGGUCAUGGCGUUUCAAGAUGGUGCAUUAUUCUUACGUUCUUUAGAACCGGAUUGCAGCAGAAUGAUUGGAGUAUUUGAAAAUUUGUACAUUCGCUCACGAGAUAUGAAAAAGAUGAUGGAGAAUUUGCUUUGCUUGCAGGCAGCUUAAUUUUUAAUUACUGUUUUUACUGUUCUUUUGUUAUAAUCACGUUGGAGCCAACAUUGGCAGCUUGCGGGCGAGGUGUAAUUACAAGUUCACCAGUUUCUUCUUAAAUCAAGGAGUUCGUGGAUAUGGGAUCAGAUGCGAGGAGAUGUUGCAAAUCUAAAUACAAAGUGGUAACCACCGAUCGCGUUAGCAAUGAAUCGUUUCAAAGGAAGUUCUGUCACAUUAGAAUUGCUCGCAGCGCCGCUGUUCUGCUUGUGAGGAGUUGGCUAUCAUGCCUGUUUAUUUCUUCCUCAAAGCUAAGUGUCUGAAGAAUUGUCAAAGUCAAUUCAUCCAAGGACAUGACUUGGCUUACCUCGAAAGGCACUGGCGCAAUGCAAAAGACAAACCAGAAGGCUAUUUCUUGAGUAUUCUUUGUACUUAAAGGUUGCUUUGAUUUGAUUUUUGCAGAGGAAAUCCUCAUAUAAACGGACAUAGCUUGCAUUCUAACAUACAAUUAGAUGGGGCUCGGUAGUGGUGAUGAGGUCAAAUGGGCUUAGCGUAGUUAUUUACCCCCUCUUUCCCAAAAUAGUUAGACCCAGGUCUGAUCGCGU